GAUGAUGAGUAUCAUUUCCUCCUAUCUCGUAUCGCCAUUCUUAUAGCAGGACUAUCUCGAAGGCUAAAGCUCACUUCAGAUAUCAGACCGAGUGGACUCUGCUCUCGAAUUCUCCCAUACAAAAAAAUUUCUUCCUGGAAGUUUCUGGAUCCUCGGUUUUACGAUGGGUUUCGACUUCAGGCCACGAUUUCUGAUUCUGAUUCUUGUCAUCUGCCUAACAGCGUCUAGCAUCAUCAAUGUCGCCCUGGGUCAAUCCACAGCAGACCAGUACCUCACUGCGCAUAAUGAUGUCCGAUCUGCAGUGAAUCUAGGCAUACCGAGCCUGACCUGGAACACCACGCUGGAAUCGUUUGCUACUGACUGGGCCGCCACCAGAGCAGCUGCUGGUGACAACUGCGCUCUCAUACACUCUGAAGGAGAUUACGGGGAGAACCUCUACUGGUCCAGUGGACCGAGCACCCCAGCGGAUGCAGUGCAGUCCUGGGUCAGCGAGGAGGCAUAUUACGACUACGCAACAAAUUCGUGCUCGGAGGGCGAGUUCGAAUGCGAUCAUUACAAGCAGGUCGUGUGGAGAAACACAUUGACGGUGGGAUGCGGGUCGGCCACUUGUCCCUCUGGUGGCAUGUUCUUCGUUUGCAACUACAAUCCCCCGGGAAACGUUGGCAAUGAGCUUCCUUACUAGACUUCUUCUACGAAUAGCUGCGGCCGUCCAGCGACUCCGAAUUUCAUCUUUGCUGAACUGGUGGACAAAUAGUAAUCUCAUGUAGAUUCAGCACUGAUGUACAUGUGCAUCAGUGGACGAAUAUCGAAGGCAGGUUAGGGAGGGGCAGGGAUGAGAAUUUCAUGGGAGGGCACUCCAUCGCUCCCUGCCGUGAGGAUGACAGAGAGUGUAGUGGGUAUCGUGUUUCUGUUACAGCGCAUUGUAAAUGCUUCUACGCUGGCAUAGUACUGAUGAGAUUUUGAAGAUUGGAUAAAUUAGUACAACCACUUUUAAGCAGAACUCGAAUCGCUUGAAGUGCAUCGUGGUUGUUACUUGUUAUCAGUCGUUGUGAGUAGCUUGAGGCUGGGAAAGAGCAAACGUCGUCUCUACUGAUAGCUGAGUGGAUUUCAGAAAACUCAAUCUUAAUACAGAUAUUGGAGGAGGAGUUGCAUUUUAU